AUGCAGGGACAGCCCCUGAUGGGACAGCCUUGGGCAGCCCACGGUGCUGCUGCUGCUGCUGCAGGGGCAGAGGGACUGGCCUUGCUGCCUGCCAGCUGUCUGGGGCCCUGUCCUUCCUGCCCUCGGAUCCCUGAGCAUCCUGCCCUCCCUCCAGCAAGCAGUACUUCCCUCCCUCACAGCCCCACUCAAGGCCUUCUCUCCAUUCUCCUGCAGACCAUGAAUUCCAUAAUAUUCCUUUUUGUGCUCUUGAAGAGCCUCAUCCAGUACCCGCAGCCCGUGGGUGAUGUCUGGGAUGAGGAGACCCAACUGCGCAUGGAAGUGCGUGCAAAGCAGCUGGAAUGGGAGAGGAUUCGGCUAGAGCGGGAGGUGGAGCAGCUCACCCUCAAGCAGGUGCAGCUCUUGCAGCCCUUGGCUGUUGCUGUGCUCGUGCUGCUGGUCUUGGUGCUCUGGUUUAUUGGGUGGAAAAGUAGCCUGAGGAGAGAGGAAAAUGUGGAGGCAAAUGAAGACGUUGGAAAUGAAGAAGACAAUGUGAAUCGGGAGGAAGACAACAAUGAUGUGGCAAAUGAUGUCCAAGAAGAAGGAAAUUAUAUUGAUGAUAACGUUGGAAGAAUUCUAAUGGAGCGCAUAGAGUGGCCUGUACAGGAGCUGCAGGCAGGCUGCGAAUGGAUAACUGGCCUCAUGGAUAACUAUAUAGCUUACCUUGGAGAGGUCUUAUCAAACAGUUUCUACCCAGUCCUGCAGCCAGCCAUCGGGGUGGGCAGUGCCUUUGAAGGCUGGAGUCCCCGUGAGCAGGACGUUGUGUAUCAGGUGCUCAUCCCCAUGACUCCUCCGCCAGGCCACAGCUUCCACCUGGAGCUGGACUCUGCAGAGCACAGGCACGUGAGGAACUUUCGUGUCCGCGUGCAGCUGGAGUGCACCUGCACAGGAGAGCAGCAGGGGGAGAACCUGCUGUGCUUCCUGCACCAGCCCGAGGAGGAGCUGAGGAGCAGUCAGGAGCCCAGCCUCCUGGACACCCUGUGCAUCGGCUCCUACCUGGAUGUGCACAAAACUGCCCGCUGGUUCUGCCAGCUGGUGAGAGCAGUCUGGCCAGCUCUGCCUCACUCACACAACUGGCACUUAACGCUGCUGCCCUCCAGACGCUCCUGCCAGUUCAAGGUGACCAAUGGCAUUGAAAGCUUCAGGAUGGAGAUGCUGUUUGGGGUGAGGAGAGAUGACUCAGACAUCUUUGUGAGCAGCCAGACUGCAGAGGCCUACACCCCAAGCACAACCUGGCCUGAGACUUAUGUUGUGGCAGAGACCAAGUUCUUCAACCACAUCGCCAGCCAGGCCCCACCUGACAGUCUGCACCUCAAAUGCCUGCAGUUCUUCACCCGUCUUCAGCUGGGUUGUGAUGUGUUUUCCACCUACACCAUGAAGACCAUUGUCAUGCACCUGCUCAAUGUCGUGCCCGUGUCAUCGUGGCGCAGGGGAGAUUUUCUGCUGCGACUGCUGGACAUCAUCGAGAGCCUGCACUUAUGUGUGGAAGCAAAACACCUCAACCACUUCAUUGUGGGGAACCGCAGGCUUCCUGAAGAGAUCCGUUUACCCCGAGAUGUGCAGACGGGUCAGACGUGCAAUCUCUUCCAUCAGCUGGCGCAGGAAUCGGCCGCCCACAGGCAGGCCAUGAGUGAGUACCAGGUGCUGCGAACGCGGUUCGAGAGAAUCCUUCUCGGGGAAGACUGAAGGAAUGCAGGCACGGAGUCAUGGCUAUGAGAGCAGAGCUGUGCUUGGGCUGCUCACACCUGGCAGCGGAGAAGCACCUCACAGUCCAAAUUUGGUGCUUUAAGGAGAAGAAAAUGUCUGCAAAGGCUGUGGCGAAGGUCCCACAGCCUCUCCUGCCGCCUCAGCAGGUGGAGGGCAUGGGAGGAUUUAUUCUCCCUCCUUGUGUCAUUUUCCAAAAAAGGGCACCCAGAUCUGCAUGAAGCCCCGCCUAUGUAUGGACUCUCCCAUUCCAAAAAAAGCUCAUGAAGAGACCACACGCCGAACAUGCAGGGAGGGCCAAAGUCACCAAAGCCCACCUGGAACGUGCAGUUGUUCCCGGCCUUUGAGAAAGGCUGAGAUGUGGACUGUGAAAAAAGCAGGAAUGUGGGACAAAAAAAGAAAAAGAAAAAGAAACAGGGCAAAAAAGACCAAGAGGAAAAAUCAGCACUGCCUGACCAAAAUCAGUCAAUGGAUGGAGUCUCUCCUUGUCUGCA